CGCCCGCCGGCUUCCCGAGAAGCCGCCGCCCUGCGUGGCCCGCGCCCGCAGGUCCCGCGGCCAGCACCGAGGGGCGCACGCGCACUGCGGAACACGCGUCCGGCUCUCCCCCAGCGUCUAUCCGGCCCGGUCUCCUGCCAGUCGGGGAGACUGCAGGCCAACCUGGAGGCUGAGUUCGAAGCUAAUAGGGCGACCAAGUCAGUGUCGCCCGCGGCGUUGAGAAGACGGUUUGGCCCAGGAGAGGGUGGAGACAACUGUGACGGGCUUCCCGGCUGCCCGAAGUGGGAGUGGUGUGGGGCUGCAGGAAGGAGAGAGGAAGAGGAGCAGAAGGGGGCAGCAGCGGACGCCUCUAACGGCCUCCCUCGGCGCUGACAGGCUGGGCCGGCUCUCGGCUCGCUCGGGUGUUCUCGUCGUCACUUCGGCCUCUCGGCCACUCGGGCCCCUCGGCCCGGGCUUGCGGCGCGCGUCGGGGCUGAGGGCUGCCGCGGCUCAGGGAGAGGCCUGGUCCUCGCCGCGGAGGGAUGUGAGUGGGAGCUGAGCCCACCCUGGAGGGCCCCCGAGGGCCCAGCCUGGAGGUCGCUCAGAGCCGUGCCCGCCUCGGGGCUUCGCAGACCUUGGCCCGCCGGGUAGGAGCCGCCCCUGCGGGCUCAAGGGCGCACUCUGGUCGCCCCAUCUGUGUAACCGGUUUCAGAAGAAGGCAACAGGAACAAGAUGUGAGCUGUUUCUCUUCUGCAGAAAAAGAGGCUCUUCCUCCUCCUCCCGCGACGGCAAAUAUUCUGAAAAAGACUCUGCAUGGGAAUGGCCUGCCUUACUAUGACAGAAAUGGAGGGAACAUCCACAUCUUCUAUAUAUCAGAAUGGUGAUAUUUCUGGAAAUGCCAAUUCUAUGAAGCAAAUAGAUCCAGUCCUUCAGGUGUAUCUUUACCAUUCCCUUGGGAAAUCUGAGGCAGAUUAUCUGACCUUUCCAUCUGGGGAGUAUGUUGCAGAAGAAAUCUGUAUUGCUGCUUCUAAAGCUUGUGGUAUCACACCUGUGUAUCAUAAUAUGUUUGCUUUAAUGAGUGAAACAGAAAGGAUCUGGUAUCCACCCAACCAUGUCUUCCAUAUAGAUGAGUCAACCAGGCAUAAUGUACUCUACAGAAUAAGAUUUUACUUUCCUCGUUGGUAUUGCAGCGGCAGCAACAGAGCCUAUCGGCAUGGAAUAUCUCGAGGUGCUGAAGCUCCUCUUCUUGAUGACUUUGUCAUGUCUUACCUCUUUGCUCAGUGGCGGCAUGAUUUUGUGCAUGGAUGGAUAAAAGUACCUGUGACUCAUGAAACACAGGAAGAAUGUCUUGGGAUGGCAGUGUUAGAUAUGAUGAGAAUAGCCAAAGAAAAUGAUCAAACCCCACUGGCCAUCUAUAAUUCUAUCAGCUACAAGACAUUCUUACCAGAAUGUAUUCGAGCAAAGAUCCAAGACUAUCAUAUUUUGACAAGGAAGCGAAUAAGGUACAGAUUUCGCAGAUUUAUUCAGCAGUUCAGCCAAUGCAAAGCCACUGCCAGAAACUUGAAACUUAAGUAUCUUAUAAAUCUGGAAACCCUGCAGUCUGCCUUCUACACAGAGAAAUUUGAAGUAAAAGAACCUGGAAGUGGUCCUUCAGGAUUUACAGUUAUAUUGCGAUUUUCCUAAUAUUAUUGAUGUCAGUAUUAAGCAAGCAAACCAAGAGGGUUCAGAUGAAAGCCGAGUUGUAACUAUCCAUAAGCAAGAUGGUAAAAAUCUGGAAAUUGAACUUAGCUCAUUAAGGGAAGCUUUGUCUUUCGUGUCAUUAAUUGAUGGAUAUUAUAGAUUAACUGCAGAUGCACAUCAUUACCUCUGUAAAGAAGUAGCACCUCCAACAGUGCUUGAAAAUAUACAAAGCAACUGUCAUGGCCCAAUUUCGAUGGAUUUUGCCAUUAGUAAACUGAAGAAAGCAGGUAAUCAGACUGGACUGUAUGUACUUCGAUGCAGUCCUAAGGACUUUAAUAAAUAUUUUCUGACUUUUGCUGUCGAGCGAGAAAAUGUCAUUGAAUAUAAACACUGUUUGAUUACAAAAAAUGAGAAUGAAGAGUACAACCUCAGUGGGACAAAGAAGAACUUCAGCAGUCUUAAAGAUCUUUUGAAUUGUUACCAGAUGGAAACCGUUCGCUCAGACAAUAUAAUUUUCCAGUUUACUAAGUGCUGUCCCCCAAAGCCAAAAGAUAAAUCAAACCUUCUAGUCUUCAGAACGAAUGGUGUUUCUGAUGUACCAACCUCACCAACAUUACAGAGGCCUACUCAUAUGAACCAAAUGGUGUUUCACAAAAUCAGAAAUGAAGAUUUGAUAUUUAAUGAAAGCCUUGGCCAAGGCACUUUCACAAAGAUUUUUAAAGGCAUACGAAGAGAAGUAGGAGACUAUGGUCAACUUCAUGAAACAGAAGUUCUUUUAAAAGUUCUGGAUAAAGCACAUAGAAACUAUUCAGAGUCUUUCUUUGAAGCAGCAAGCAUGAUGAGCAAGCUUUCUCACAAGCAUUUGGUUUUAAAUUAUGGAGUAUGUGUCUGUGGAGAGGAGAAUAUUCUGGUUCAGGAGUUUGUAAAAUUUGGAUCACUAGAUACAUACCUGAAAAAGAAUAAAAAUUGUAUAAAUAUAUUAUGGAAACUUGAAGUUGCGAAACAGUUGGCAUGGGCCAUGCAUUUUCUAGAAGAAAACACCCUUAUUCAUGGGAAUGUGUGCGCCAAAAAUAUUCUACUUAUCAGAGAAGAAGACAGGAAGACAGGAAAUCCUCCUUUCAUCAAACUUAGUGAUCCUGGCAUUAGUAUUACAGUUUUGCCAAAGGACAUUCUUCAGGAGAGAAUACCAUGGGUACCACCUGAAUGCAUUGAAAAUCCUAAAAAUUUAAAUUUGGCAACAGACAAAUGGAGUUUUGGUACCACUUUGUGGGAAAUCUGCAGUGGAGGAGAUAAACCUCUAAGUGCCCUGGAUUCUCAAAGAAAGCUGCAAUUUUAUGAAGAUAGGCACCAGCUUCCUGCACCAAAGUGGGCAGAAUUAGCAAACCUUAUAAAUAAUUGUAUGGAUUAUGAACCCGAUUUCAGGCCUUCUUUCAGAGCCGUCAUACGAGAUCUUAACAGUUUGUUUACUCCAGAUUAUGAACUAUUAACAGAAAAUGACAUGUUACCAAAUAUGAGGAUAGGUGCCCUAGGGUUUUCUGGUGCCUUUGAAGACAGGGAUCCUACACAGUUUGAAGAGAGACAUUUGAAAUUUCUACAGCAACUUGGCAAGGGUAACUUUGGGAGUGUGGAGAUGUGCCGGUAUGACCCUCUACAGGACAACACUGGGGAGGUGGUGGCUGUAAAAAAGCUUCAGCAUAGUACUGAAGAGCACCUGAGAGACUUUGAAAGGGAAAUUGAAAUCCUGAAAUCCCUACAGCAUGACAACAUUGUAAAGUACAAGGGAGUGUGCUACAGUGCUGGUCGGCGUAAUCUAAAAUUAAUUAUGGAAUAUUUACCAUAUGGAAGUUUACGAGACUAUCUUCAAAAACAUAAAGAACGGAUAGAUCACAAAAAACUUCUGCAGUACACAUCUCAGAUAUGCAAGGGUAUGGAGUAUCUUGGUACAAAAAGGUAUAUCCACAGGGAUCUGGCAACAAGAAAUAUAUUGGUGGAGAAUGAGAACAGAGUUAAAAUUGGAGAUUUUGGGUUAACCAAAGUCUUGCCACAAGACAAAGAAUACUAUAAAGUAAAAGAACCUGGUGAAAGUCCCAUAUUCUGGUAUGCUCCAGAAUCACUGACAGAGAGCAAGUUUUCUGUGGCCUCAGAUGUUUGGAGCUUUGGAGUGGUUCUGUAUGAACUUUUCACAUACAUUGAGAAGAGUAAAAGUCCACCAGCGGAAUUUAUGCGUAUGAUUGGCAAUGAUAAACAAGGACAGAUGAUCGUGUUCCAUUUGAUAGAACUUUUGAAGAAUAAUGGAAGAUUACCAAGACCAGAUGGAUGCCCAGAUGAGAUUUAUAUGAUCAUGACAGAAUGCUGGAACAAUAAUGUAAAUCUACGCCCCUCCUUUAGAGAUCUAGCUCUUCGAGUGGAUCAAAUAAGGGAUAACAUGGCUGGAUGAAAGAAAUGUCCUUCAUUCUGAGAACAAAGUAUAUUUAUAGAACAAAGUUUUCUAUUUCACAUUGCUGUGGACUAUUAUUACAUAUAUCAUUAUUAUAUAAAUCAUGAUGCUAGCCAGCAAAGAUGUGAAAAUAUCUGCUCAAAACUUUCAAAGUUUAGUAAGUUUUUCUUCAUGAGGUCACCAGUAAAAGACAUUAAUGAGAAUUCCUUAGCAAGGAGUUUUGUAAGAAGUUUCUUAAACAUUGUCAGUUAACAUCACUCAUGUCUGGCAAAAGAAAAAAAAAAGACUUUUUCACCUCAGCUUUUUGAGAUGUGAAAAAAUUAUUAUGUAAAUUUUGUGAUGUUAAAGAUGCACAGAAUAUGUAUGUAUAGUUUUUACCACAGUGGAUGUAUAAUACCUUGGCAUCUUGUGUGAUGUUUUAUACACAUGAGGGCUGGUGUUCAUUAAUACUGUUUUCUAAUUUUUCCAUAGUUUAUCUAUAACUACUUCACUAUACAAACAAAUUAGAUGUUCAGAUAAUUGAAUAAGUACCUUUGUGUCCUUGUUCACUUAUAUCACUGGCCAGCAUUAUAAGCAGGUGUAUACUUUUAGCUUGUGUACUGUAAAUAUUUUUCAAGUAAAGGGAACAAAUGUCUAGUUUUAUUUCUAUAGGAAAUUUCCCUGACCCUAAAGAAUACAUUUUGAAAUGAAACAAGCUUACAAAGAUAUAAUCUAUUUUCUUAUGGUUUCCCUUGUAUCUAUUUGUGGUGAAUGUGUUUUUUAAAUGGAACUAUCUCCAAAUUUUUCUAAGACUACUGUGAACAGUUUUCUUUUAAAAUGUUGAGAUUAAGAAUGCGAGGAACAUUGUCAUCCUUUGAGCUGCUGACUGCCAAUAAGAUUCUUCAAUCUCUGAGAUCUAUGCUCAUGAAUUAAAUUUAAGCAUAAGCCAUAAAAUAUAUUGUUUUUAAAAUGGAUAGCACAUUAAGAAGUGUAGCAGGUUAAGAAUUUUUUCCUAAAGAUUGUAUAUUUGAGGGGUUUCAGAACUUUGCGUUGCAGUCAUAGAAGAGAUUUAUUUCCUUUUUAGAGGGAAAAUGAGGUAAGUGAAAAAGUAUGCUUGUUAAUUUUAUUCAAGAAUGCCAGUAGAAAAUUCAUAAUGUGUAUCUUUAAGAAAAAUGAGAGCAUACAUCUUUCCAAUUAAGUAUAAGGGGUUGUUCGUUGUUGUCAUUUGUUAUAUUGCUACUCCACUUUAGACACCAUACCUAAAAUAAAAUAUGGUGGGUUUUUC